GAUUAUGUGUGUUGACAAAAGCUUCAAAUUGCAAACGUCAAAACUUCAAGAAGCAAAAUUGAAAUUAAUUCCAUUUAAUAAAACAAAAGUGUUGUUAUUGGAUAAAGAAAAUUAGGAUUUAAACCUUUCGAACCUUGUUUCUUUAUGAAAUGUUUAUAAUUAUUAUAAGCUAUACGAAUGUGUUUUGAAAUGAAUUUACAGACAUUAUUUCAAGACUUUAACCCCAGCAAAUUCGUCAUUCACACUUGUCUUCUAAUAUUUACUGCAUUAUUAGCGCUGAAGUUAGAUAAAACCAUAACAUGGUCAUAUUGGGCAGUAUUUACUCCAAUAUGGAUUUGGAAAUUUCUUGUCGUGCUCGGGGCCACUAUUGGGACUUAUGUGUGGUGGCAGUAUCCUCACUUCAGAUUGGAGGGAGAAGCAUACAUCCAUUAUAAAGCUAUGCUGAUAAGUCUUGCCAUUCACCUAAUAUUACUUAUGUUUGAGUUACUUGUCUGUGACCAGUUAACUACCAGCCGCCAUGUAUGGAUCCUAGUCUUUAUACCUUUAAUCUUUAUAAGUAUAGUUUCCAUUGCCAUCUGUAUAUGGUCAGUAAAACAUGAUCGAAGUUAUGAGUUGGAAUUAUUUUGUGCAGUGAAUAUACUUCAGUUUAUAUUCUUGGCCUUGAAAUUGGAUAAAUUUAUACACUGGUCCUGGGAGGUUGUGUUUGUCCCACUAUGGAUAUUAAUGUGCCUCAGCCUUGUAGGUGUUUUAUACAGUAUCAUAUUUGCUGGAAUUUUACUACGAACUCCCGAAGUUAACGUACAGCAGAGACGCACAAGCUUCAACUCAGCACUUGCCUACACUUUCACUGUGAUACCUAUCUUGGUAUUCCAGGUUCUAUUAACUAACAAGUUAGAUGAUGGCCUAUCAUUUACUUAUAUAGUGAUAGUGAGUCCGCUAUUCAUCAGUUAUGCCACACUAAUUAUUAUGUCGUUCAGUUCAAAAGGAGGAAACAAAUGGUGGUUUGGUAUCCGAAAAGAUUUCUGUCAAUUCUUGUUAUCCGUAUUUCCACUGUUGCAAGAAUACGCGAAUAUCGCUUACAACAACAAUAACGUGAACCGCUCUAACGGGAUCCCGAACGAGCUUCCCGCGAACCAGGAGCCGUACAGAGAUGAGGAGACCCACAAAAAAGUCAAAGAGAACAAGAGAUCGGCUAAAAAUCAGAAAAAAAACGAAGCUAUGAAACCGGUCGUGCCUAUUACCAGCAUAGAUAUGCCGGACUGAAUUCUCCAUGUUCGAAUGUGGUUCAAAAAUCAUGUGUUCACGUUGUAUGGUACGUAAAUAUAACUAAACGGGCUUCGGAUAGAUACCCUUACACAGCAAACCUUGUUUAUUGUUAAGUUUGUUAAUAAGCAUUAAGCUUGAUACGCUGUUAGGUAAAAGAUAUUAACUAACAUUCACUUUUUAUUGUUGUUCGAUUUAAGGUAUUAUUUUAUAUGUGUAUAGAUGCGAUUUGUUACCUUUUGUAACACUGAUUAGUACGCGUACCUUUUAUUUUUUUUACAAAGUUGAGCAUUUUAGUGUAAUGUUGCGUUCAAAUAAAAUGCAAGUAUUUUAUAAGUUAUUUUCCCAGUAUUUUAGUUUAAUUAAAUACGCGAGCGCGGUUGUAAUUCACGCAUUUCAAAUACACACCUAUAAAAUUAUUCUAUAUAUUUUUUUGUCUUAUAACUAUCGACUUAUCAUAUUUUAACAUUAUGAAUUUCUUAUUUUAAAAUGUUUUUGUUGUUUUCGUCGUGGGUGCUAUUAAAAAAGCAAUUAAUACUGAUGAUUAAAAAACAUCAAGCUUUUUGUGAUGUGUUAUUUUUUUGCGAUUAUCGUUUGAAAAAAUAAAUCAUAUCAAUAUUUGAAAAGCAAUCGUGUGUUUUAGACGUGGUGGUAAUUGUUUUGCAAUAUAAGCGAUUAGAAUAUUUUUAUAGGUUAGUUUUGAAGUUAAUUUGAUUGAAUUCUAGGCGAAGGAAGCUACUCUGUGGCAACUACGAUAUUGUAUGUAAUAUAAAUUCACGAAUAACACUAGUAAAUUAUGCUUUAGGCAAAUAUGUAGGUAGAUAUGUUUCUAACUUUGAACAACUUUACAGGUUAAAUGUUUUAAAAUAUGUAACAAUACUUGUGUAUUAUUAUUAUUAUUGGUAGUAUUUUCUUUGUUUUCUUUUAAUGACGGAAUUGAGUAUUUUAUACAUAUUUACUAAUUAUGAAAACGUAAUUUUAGUUUUAAUUAAAGCUUAUACUUAUAAAUAGAAAAUCUGUGUUAGCUCACCGCCAGUUGGCAGCGUUCCCAGAAGGAUGGCAGCAUUUUAUAUAUUAAUUAACUGGAUAUAUUAAGCAGCGUUUAAUUUAGUUAAUUUGUUUCGCGAAAUGUAACAUACAACUCACUCGACCAAAUUUUUUUAAAGAAUAUUAUAUAAAUUUAUAAACAGAUCGCCCAGUUCGUAGAAUAAUCUCGAAUACAGUGUUCCGGAUUCGAUUCUCAUUUGAAGUUCAAGUGCAGCUAGCUCUAGUUUUGUAUUUGUAAAUUUCUCAUUCACGCAACGAAAAUAUUCAAUCCAUUAAACCUGUCUUAUUAUUUAAUAAAUGCCAUAUUGUCAAACAUACAUAUUAUGUAUAUAAUGGCUUAAGUUACUGUUAAGUUAUUAUACGAAACUCCAAAAUUUUCUUAAAAUUAAUAACAAAAGCGAUUACAACUUUGAAACGUAUCCCCAAAAACCAACAGGAACUUCUUACGUCCAUAGAUUAAUAAUAACAAAAUCAUAAACGUUACUGUGCUGAUAAAAUACUGAAUUAAACACGCUAUUUUAUUAGAGUUUGCUGAUUGAACAGUUUUGCGUAAGCAGUCUAGAAAUAAACAGAUUGAAAUGUUCCGAUAUAAGCGUAUGAAUUGAAUUGAUUCUUAUUUAAUCGGGUCAUCGCAAAUACUGGAAGAAGCUAGCAUCAGAACGAAGACCAUGAAGAAUAUGAUGCCUCCGUGAGCCAUAGACAACUCGAAAAACGCCGAAAACUCUUCAGUAGUAUUUGGAAAAAAAAAACAUUUUUCAGGCAAACAGGUUUUUUUUCACAAUGGCGUCACAGUUUGACCUUUGUUGCCGCCAUAUCUGUCAGUUUAUGAAACAUCCAAUAAUAUACAUACCAUUUUUACAUUCAAUCUAAUUGAUCAAUUGAUACAGUUUGUCGAUACCUUUACUGUUAGGAAUAGCUUAAUUGAAAAUUUCUUGUACAGUUUUCGUAAGCUUCCCUGUACUAUGUUUGAAAAUAGAUCGAGAAAGGCUCACCUCAUCGAAACAUUCGAGUAUUCAUCAUAGUAGGUACAGCGAAAAACGUUGCGUGAUAAAUAAUAAUUCAUAAUAAACUUCACAUAUUUCACGUUCGUGACAUGCACGUUCUAAGUAACGCUACGAAAAAGCACGCGAAUACAAAGUCAUGAUUUAUAAUUCGGAGCCUGAUACGAGCCGUUUCAACGCUUUAUUAGCGUGAUACGUAUACUGCGUCAAUUAUAUUGCUGAAAAUAACUUCAUUAAAUCCGUUGUGGUAGAAAUUAGUCGUGAACAUUUUGACACCUUAAAUAUUUUCGGCUGACAAUCUAUAUAUAUAAAAAUAAAUUGCUGUUCGUUAGUCUCGCUAAAACUCGAGAACGGCUCGACCGAUUUGGCUAAUUUUAGUCUUGAAUUAUUUGUGGAAGUCCAGAGAAGGUUUAAAAGGUAGAUAAAUAUGAAAAUUAAAUAAAAAUAACAAUUUUGAUUUUCCUUUGAUGUGUCCCCCGUCGCUCGGACGGAUUCCUUUUGUUUGUUUUAAGUUUAUUUUAUACAAAAGUUUAGGUCUUUUAUUUAUAGAUUGAGGCACUACGAAGUCUGCCGGGUCAGCUAGUUUAAAAUAAAUUCUGAUUUUAGAUUCGAUUACAAAGCUACUUAUUUCACGGGCACAUUGUCAUUUAUUCAACUUGAUUCUGCUUAAUUCUGUCUCAGUAUAAAUCUGUCAAGAUAUCCAGUAUCAAACUUAUUUUGUUCUCGGUUUUUGUAGGUCGUGUCCUUCAUUUCUAAAGGUCGUGCCAAACAUGAACGUCUUAUUCUAAAUUAAAUGCCUUCAUUUGGUUCGGUUUUCGGCACCCCUAAGCCUGAGGUCACAGACAAGCCAGUAAGUGUAAUUUCUUGGUCACGUCCACUUCUUAGCGAUCGGCCGCGAAGUCUUGUCCAUAUACUUGUUCUUGAGAAGUAGUUUCACACCAUACACUCCAUAUUGUUAAUUAAUAGCGUUUAACAAUUGCCUUAAAUCAAUAAUGCAAGUAUUGUUACUAGUCAAAGAGUAUUUUAGACAACCUAUUAAUAGUAAUGGUUAUGUUACUGUGAUACUCUUUCUUCCUCUGAAAAAUUACCUGAUUAUUUUGUUAACAUUGUAUUAUUUAUAUUGUUUCAUCCGAAUUAAACACGUCGGCUCUA